GAAAAUUUUCUUCCUGUAUAUAUAACGUACCACAGCAAUGACCAUUAAAAUCUUAUAAAAGUUGCUGGGUUUCCAAAAAAGAAGACAUGGAAGAUAGUAUGUUAGAUCCGCCGGAUUUAGUAUUCGAUGAAAAAGUGAGUAACAAGAGAGUAAGAGAUGGCGAAGAGGAGAUCAAUAUAGAAAGACUCGAAAAGAGGCCAAGUGGCAUUUUGGGUGUUAAUGGUGGUGGGGACUGCGAUGAAGAUCGUGUCAAUGAAGGAUGGGCAGCAAGUGGUGGCACUGGUGGUGGGAUCAUCGACACUUUCAUUUCAAAUGUUUUUCACCAGAAUGAAAGUGUUAUAGAAGGAGGAGAAGUUGAAGUUCGUGGUUUAAUGAAAAGUGAUGUAACUGAUGUUGUCGUUGAAGAGAAAAGCGAAGAUUUACGCAUCGGUAGCAGUGGAGGGCAUGGUGGAGACGAUGGUGGUGACGGAGAAAGUGGCGGUGGACGAGGUGGUGGGAUUAUCAACACUUUCAUUUCAAAUAUGUUUCACCAAAAUGGAAAUGGAGAUGAUGGUGGUGAUCAAGCGAAAAGUGGUUUACUUAAUGAAGUUGUAGAAAAAAACGAAGAUCUAGAUGCUGUCGGACGACACUCCGGCGAAGAUGGUGGUGGUGGACCUGGUGGCAGUGGUGAACGAGCGGAUCUCGUUGCAGAAAAACCGCCUGAGAAGACCAACAACACUGUGCCUGAUUUGUCUAGUAAACAUCUUACAGGGGAAAAACUAAACAUGCGACCAGAUGAUUAUUCAGAAAGAGUGUUUUUCCUAAACAAUAACUGAAGUUGAUCGCAUAGUAUACCACGUUAAAGCACUGGAGCAUUCAUAGGUCAACCAAGUUCAAAUUCAUGGAUGAUAUUGAUCUACGUGUUGUUAAUUUUAUUUGAUGCUUUUUUAGCAGUUGAAGAAGAUAGUUUUUGAGGAUUUUAGAUUUACAUGAUUCGUAAUGUAACUUGAACUCAAAAUACUAGUUUUAUACGGCAUACUAAUUGACUCCUCGAGUUCUUGGUGUGUGUGUGUGUGU